UCAUACUCCAAUGGCCUCUUUCAUUUUCAUCCGUCAAGCAGCGUGGAGGUGAAAGCGAAAAAAAUCAAAAAUUCCAGGAUAAAAAGACAAAUUUCCAUCUAAAAAUAAGUUCAAACAUGAAAUAAGGCCCGGCGAGCGAAAAUUCAAACAUGUAUUUGUACAAUUUAACGCUACAAAAGGCCACGGGCAUCACGCAUGCAGUACACGGCAGUUUUUCCGGCACGAAGCAACAGGAAAUCCUGCUUUCGCGUGGCAAAAGCUUGGAAUUGGUGCGUCCGGAUCCGAAUACAGGCAAAGUUCAUACGUUGUUGCAGAUUGAGGUGUUUGGCGUGAUACGGUCCUUGAUGUCGUUUCGGUUGACUGGAGGAACAAAAGAUUACGCAGUUAUUGGCUCAGAUUCCGGUCGCAUCGUCAUUUUGGAGUACAAUCCGCAGAAAAACACGAUGGAAAAGGUGCAUCAAGAGACUUUCGGCAAAACGGGAUGUCGUCGCAUCGUUCCCGGACAAUAUUUGGCAAUCGACCCAAAGGGGCGCGCUGUCAUGAUUGGCGCCAUUGAGAAACAAAAACUCGUGUACAUCCUCAACAGAGACAGCGAAGCACGUUUAACGAUUUCUUCUCCGCUGGAGGCGCAUAAAUCUUACAAUUUGUGUUAUCACAUGGUUGGCGUCGACGUCGGUUUCGACAAUCCCAUGUUCGCUUGCUUGGAAAUCGAUUACGAAGAAGCGGAUUCCGAUCCGACGGGAGAUGCCGCGCAAAAAGCUCAACAAACUUUAACUUUUUACGAAUUGGAUCUCGGUUUGAAUCACGUGGUGCGAAAAUAUUCCGAGCCACUCGAGGAACAUGCGAAUUUUUUGAUUUCUGUUCCGGGCGGGAAUGAUGGUCCUUCGGGAGUUCUCGUUUGCUCCGAAAAUUACUUAACCUACAAAAAUCUCGGAGACCAAAGAGACAUUCGAUGCCCAAUUCCGCGUCGCCGCAACGAUUUAGACGAUCCCGAACGCGGCAUGAUCUUCAUUUGCUCCGCCACGCAUCGCACAAAAUCCAUGUUUUUCUUCCUCAUUCAAACGGAGCAAGGAGACAUCUUCAAAGUCACCCUCGAAACGGACAGCAACGAUGUCGUCAUCGAAAUUAAGCUCAAAUAUUUCGACACAACGCCUCCAGCAACGGCAAUGUGUGUCCUCAAAACGGGAUUUUUGUUCGUGGCAUGCGAAUUCGGGAAUCAUUAUUUGUACCAAAUUGCUCAUUUGGGCGAUGAUGACGACGAACCCGAAUUUAGCUCGGCGAUGCCACUCGAGGAAGGCGAUACUUUCUUCUUUGCGCCUCGAACCUUACGAAAUUUAGUCAUGGUUGAUGAGUUGCACUCGUAUGCGCCAAUUUUGGGAUGUCAAGUUGCGGAUUUGGCGAACGAGGAUACGCCACAGGUGUAUUUGUCGUGCGGCAGAGGCCCGAGAUCGUCAAUUCGGGUGCUGAGACACGGCUUGGAAGUGUCGGAAAUGGCAGUUUCGGAACUUCCCGGUAAUCCGAAUGCUGUGUGGACUGUGAAAAAACGCAUUGAUGAUGAAUUUGAUGCUUAUAUUAUUGUGUCCUUCGUGAAUGCCACGCUCGUACUGAGCAUUGGUGACACUGUGGAAGAAGUGACAGACAGCGGAUUUCUCGGAACAACGCCAACUUUGUGUUGCUCGGCGCUUGGGGAUGACGCCUUGGUGCAAGUUUAUCCCGAUGGCAUUCGUCACAUUCGUGCGGAUAAGAGAGUUAAUGAGUGGAAGGCGCCCGGGAAGAAAACUAUCGUGAAAUGUGCGGUGAAUCAGAGACAGGUUGUCAUUGCGUUGUCGGGCGGGGAGCUGGUUUACUUCGAAAUGGAUCCCACUGGUCAAUUAAACGAAUACACCGAACGCAAACGCAUGCCCUCCGAAGUCCUUUGCAUGGCUCUCGGCUCUGUUCCUGAAGGCGAAAUGCGUUCAUGGUUCCUCGCUGUUGGCUUAGUGGACAACACCGUUCGCAUUAUUUCACUCGAUCCGAAUGAUUGUCUCUCGCCACGUUCCAUGCAAGCCUUACCUUUUGCUGCAGAAUCCCUGUGCAUCGUCGAAAUGGGUUCAGGCGAAACUGUAAAAUCCUCCGGCGACGAUGACGACGAAGGAGUUGCCGUUUCCUCGAAAUCCGGAACGAUUUACCUGAACAUUGGCUUGUGCAACGGAGUCCUUUUACGAACGAUUUUGGAUCCGGUGACGGGAGAUUUGCAAGAUACCCGAACACGAUAUUUGGGUUCGCGUCCCGUAAAAUUAUUCAGGAUCAAAGUUCAAGACGCAGAGGCAGUUUUAGCGAUGUCUUCACGUUCUUGGCUGAGCUAUUACUACCAAAAUCGGUAUUAUUUGACGCCGUUGUCGUACGAAACGUUGGAAUAUGCUUCGGGAUUUUCGUCUGAACAGUGCGCUGAAGGCAUUGUCGCUAUUUCGACCAACACUUUGCGUAUUCUGGCACUCGAAAAACUCGGCGCGGUGUUCAAUCAGAUCACAUUUCCGCUGGAAUACACCCCGAAAAGGUUCUGCAUCCACGAAUCGACGAGAUUAAUCAUCGCGGAGACCGAUCACAAUGCUUACACGGAAGAAACAAAGACCGAACGGAAACAUCAGAUGGCGGAAGGCAUUCGCGAAGAAGCUGGCGAAGAUCAACAAGAGCUUGCAAAUGAGAUGGCGGAUGCUUUUUUGAACGAAAUCCUUCCGGAAGACACUUUUUCGUCGCCAAAAGCCGGACAAGGCAUGUGGGCAUCCCAAAUUCGCAUCAUGGAUUCGAUAAACGGACAAACAAUCGCCAAAUACACGAUGAAACAGAACGAGGCGAUCACAAGUCUCACAAUUGUCAAGUUUGCCAUCGAUGGUAGAGCCUAUGUCAUUGUCGGAGGAACAAAAGACAUGCAACUGAACCCUCGAAUAACGAACAACGGCUUCAUCGACACCUACAGAAUCUCCGAUAUCGCAUGCAGUGGCUUGGAAUUCGUGCAUCGGACAGAAGUUGACGACGUUCCAGGUGCAUUGUGUCCCUUUAACGGUCGGAUUUUGGCAGGAGUCGGUCGAAUUUUGCGAAUUUAUGAUCUCGGACAGAAAAAACUCUUGAGAAAAUGCGAAAAUAAACAUAUCCCCAAUUGUAUUGUCGGUCUCCAGUCGAUGGGACAACGCGUUUAUGUCUCGGACGUGCAAGAAUCCGUCUUUUGUGUCAAAUAUAAACGCAACGAAAAUCAACUUGUGAUAUUUGCGGAUGACACAUACCCGCGUUGGAUCACCUCGACGGCCCUCAUGGACUACGAUACUGUUGCCGCUGCCGAUAAAUUCGGUAACAUCACAAUUUUGCGACUUCCGCACUCGAUUUCCGACGAUGUUGAUGAAGAUCCGACGGGAAAUAAGGCGCUUUGGGAUCGCGGAUUGCUGAAUGGCGCCUCGCAAAAAGCCGAAAAUGUUUGUACAUUCCAUGCGGGUGAAGUUGUCAUGUCGCUACAAAAGGCGACACUUAUCCCGGGCGGGUCAGAAUCCCUGAUUUAUGCGACGUUAAGUGGAACUGUGGGAGCAUUGGUGCCAUUUACGAGUAGGGAAGACUUUGAUUUCUUUCAACAUUUGGAGAUGCACAUGCGAAAUGAGAAUCCGCCGCUUUGUGGAAGAGAUCAUUUGAGUUAUCGCAGCUCGUAUUAUGUCGUGAAGAACGUUAUGGAUGGCGAUUUGUGCGAACAGUAUAGCGCACUCGAUCCGGCAAAGCAGAAAAGUAUCGCGCAAGAUCUGGGAAGGACUCCGAAUGAAAUUGCCAAGAAGUUGGAGGAUGUUAGGACGAGAUAUGCGUUCUAAAAGACGACGAGGAUAGUUAUUGUAAAUAGGGAUUUGAAUUAUUUAAGGUAUUUAUUUACACAUCAGUCAGCAUUUAUUAGGAAAUAGAUCAAAAAGCCACUUGAACUGAAAAGCUCGUUUUUAAUAAAUUAGACGCUUAGUACUACAAAAAUCACAUAAAACAUCAAAAAAUGAGAUCCAUCAAAAGACGAUUUCAAGUAGAAAUUCUUCAAAAAAUAUUCAUAAGAUUAAUCUCCGUGGAUCUUCAAGUUACUGUACUACUCACUCAAAAAAUGCCGUUAAAUUAAGUUUAUUAGAUUUUUAUGUCUUUUUUGUGGUUGAAAAGUAUUUUGUAAAAUAUAAAAAAUAAAUAAAAUCUGACAAAA